UCAUAAACUUCAACGGCCCCCACCCCACAAGACAACAACCUCCGCUGUUGCCGUGGUUACCAAGGAACAAACUAACUGCUCGGACACGUCACGACCCUGAUUUUAGAUAUUAACCGUCGCAAAUGUGACGUUAGCGUUAAAACAAAUGUUUUUCUAAAACUACAAGUUAAUUAUUAAAUAAAUAACACCGACAACGAAGUAUGGAAACAAAAAACGAGAGACCUAUUUUCCCUUGGUACAAGGAGAGGGUGCAGACCAAGUAUCUCAAAGCCCCAGCAAACAAGACUUCCUUUGUCGGCAGUUGUUGCCGUUUUACAAACGUGGGCCUCAAUGACUUCAGCGAUAGCUUGUCAGUCUUAUCUGGACACCAGACAGGUGUCUCACCAGUUAUCUUCCAUGAAACUCCAAACAACAACUCCAGUCAAAAGCAUAAAACGUGCAUCUCUAAAGAACACGCCUGCUUUUCGAAGCAGAUGAUCAAAAAGCAGAUUCGCAGAGAUUAUGUGGCUGCUGUGGAGGAGAAACUCAAACAGCAUCCUCUGGUUAUGUUCCCGCACUAUAAGGAUCACAUGACCCCAGAGUUAUUCAAGAAGGUGGUAUCCGUUUUGGACCCAGACAUAAGCGUAAACUGUGCCUCUGCACUUCCUACGCCUACAGGAGACCAUGCGGAGGAAGAAGAAAAGGAAAGCGGUGCAGAGCCAAGUGAGGAAGAAGUGGACAGAGUUUCUGCUGAUAAAAUGCAAGUAAAAGGCAGUUUGAUUUGUACUAUUAAUACAAUUUAAAUU